AUGCGGUUGGACAAGAUGAUCAAAGGUCAUGAAAUGGCUUUAAAUGAAGGUAUUCUUGCUCGUCAAGAAAUUCGGGAAUUGCGAGCUUCACAUGAAAAACAACUUCAAAAGUGCAAGAGAUCUAGGAGGCAGAUCACUGCUGAAGAAGGCCUUUCUAUUCAGGAGGGCCAGGCUCUUGUACAGGGAAGGAGUCAGGAGGAAGAAGUCAUGCCUACUACAUCUACGGAACCAGCGCCCAUGGCAGAAUACCGCUCUGUGCGGGCACCACCACGUUGUAGUGACUGCAAUACAUUAGGACAUAAACGGACCCAUUGUCCUAAUCGCGAUAGUAACUAG